CAACGACGGUCUUCGAUGUAGUGCUGGCGAGUGCGGUGCGGCGAAAUGGCCACUACGCUCGAGCUUCAGCACACCGAGAAGGACACACCUUACUCUGAGGAUGACCUGACAGACGAGCAGAUCGAGGAGUUACUGGCGCGUGCCACCGCACGACUGCAGGAAAAGGAAAAGGCCAAAGACAAGCAGCUAAGCAAGCACACCGAGCAGAGUCUGAACUUUCCCAAACUGGAUGCGGGCCAUCUUGAGAAGCCAUACGUGUCUACAAAGGGCGACGUGGCCACGAUAGACUCCUCACGACUGCUGGACCAGAAACAGCGCAAGAAGGCAGAAGGCACCAGGAAGGUCGAAGAUCCACUUUCUGCUAGGAAGGCCGCCGACGAGAAGCGCAAAGCCACAGCUGGCAGCGACUGGUUCAACUUACCAAAGACCGACCUUACUCCCGAGCUCAAGCGUGAGUUUCAACUGAUCAAGAUGCGUAAUGUGCUCGAUCCGCAUCGUCACUACAAGAAGGAAGGCGGUAAGAUGAAGGCGCCAGAGUACAGCCAAGUUGGCACAAUCAUCGAAGGUCCUACGGAAUUCUUCAGUGGCCGUAUCGAGAACAAGAAGAGGAAGAGGACACUUGUGGAGGAAGUCCUUGCUGGCGAGCAGGAGACUCAUCGCUUCAAGAACAAGUACGCCCAGCUGCAAGAGAAGAAAACAAGUGGAAAGAAGGCAUUCUACAAGGCGCUCAAAGAGAAGAGGAAGGGUGGCAUCAAGAAGGCAUCAAAGGGCUGAAGCAUUUCUGCUCCCAGAAUGGAAGCCGGAACAUGCGUCAAUGGAGCCAACAUCUGAUGAUCUGGUGCAUGCGCUGCAUACUGCGCUGACACGCGGACGAUCCGACAGGCACUUUAUAACGGAAACGACCAGAUCUUUACACGGAUGUUGCCAAAGCCAGGACAGAUAUGCAACGGUGGCUCAAGCAUGCUACCACCACCAAGGCAAAGCCGCAAAUCCAAAUGAACGUCUACUAAGGAUCGCUGUCUGGCGCAUGAUGCUUCGACAUUUGAAGAAGCAGAAGUUUGCCUCAGCCUUGUCCAUGUCAGUAUCGAUCGGAAGUCUCCGCGCGCACGAUACAAAAGUGCCAAUGCCGGCGUGGGCAGAAGCUGAACGAGAGGUUGAAAAGUCUGGUUGGCCAAGUAGAAGACGGAGUACUCAGUGGCACUGAACAGCAGCAGAGCCGGAAGACAACGGAGAUUGCAGCGAGAAUGUUAGUGGAGAAGCGAGGCUCCAAAUCAGUCCACGUAGGAAUUUACCACGCUGGGGCUUGCGUGAUAAUGUGAGAAUCCACCCUGGGGAUUACAGACAAUGCUUAGAGAGAAUGCACAUCGCGGCGGGAAGACUGACACUCGCCUGUAAUGUCCCAUUUGAUCACACG